AUGGGUUUCAUCAAGACCUUCGGCAUCCUCGCCACCAUCGCCGCUACGGCCUCCGCCCUGCCCCAGGGCUUCGUCCAGCGCGAUGCCACCACCACAGCCAGUGCCCCGAGCUCAUCCUCCUCCGCAUCCGGUGGCAGCGGCAGCGGCAUCCAAAUCGUGAACAACAUGGACUCCACCGUCUACCUCUGGAGCACAUCCAACACCGGCGGGGCCAUGCAGACCCUCGCCUCCGGCGGCGGUACCUACAGCGAGGACUGGCAGACCAACUCUAACGGCGGUGGCAUCUCCAUCAAGAUGUCGACCUCGGAGAGCGAGGACUCCGUUCUCCAGUUCGAGUACACCCAGAACGGAGACACCCUCUUCUGGGAUCUGUCGUCGAUCAACCUCGAUUCCACCUCGGAUUUCGUUUCCCAGGGCUUCCAAGCGACCCCCAGCGACUCCAGCUGCAAGUCUGCUACUUGCUCGCCGGGUGACUCCUCCUGCGCUGAGACCUAUCAGCAUCCCGAUGAUGUUGAUACCAACAGCUGCUCGCUCGAUUCGGGCUUUACCCUCACCCUGGGCUAG